AUGAUUGGAGGGCCGGAAGAACCUUCCAGAGAGCUCUUCAAGUUCGCCGGUCCAUCUUCGCCUAACCUAACGGUCCCUCGCAACGCCGAAGCUGCAUAUUCUGCUUCGCACACAAACAGAGUUGCAGCACACACUUUUGACAGCUGUGGCCUGCUGAUGAAAGCAACAGGAGAGCGAAAGAAAAGGAGGGAGCUUACAGUGAAGUAUCGAUUUCGAGCCCCGCAGCAGAAGAUCAACAACGAGGCACGACGGCGAAGACCGAAGGGCGAACAAGGCAGCCUUCUGCUGCGUUACAUGACGUUCAACAUCAUUGGUCGCCGGCUGCCCGUGCAAGAGCAUUUGCUUUCGACGCACAUAGUCUUCGACGUAACAAUUCGAAAGAGUCACAAGUGCCAAAACUUAUCUUGUUCGGAAGAUGGCGGCCUCACAGUUGAUCCCAAAAAUAGCCUCCACCUGUCGAGACGCUCCAAAGGCCUCACGCUUGCACGCAACUCUGGGUCUCGGCAGACAAAGCAGUUCUUCCGGACCCUGAACUGA